ACGCCACCGCCACCGGCCCACCAUUCAUCUUCACAGCCACCACUUGAGGCGGCGGACCCCAUAAUCCACGCCCACCAGCCACGCUGCCACGCCCCUGGUCUCGCGCACGUUAGCCUCCGCCCCCUCUUCCUCCUCUCUCCACCGCCUCCUUUUAACAACCCUAAUGCCGCUCCCCUCAUUCACGCCACAACCCUCCGCCGCCCCCUCCCCACUUUCUCUCUCAACCUCCAAUUAUUCACCAGAUCGUCGAUUGCAGAAACAGCCAUGGCCGCCACGACCUUGUCCCCGUCCUCAUCCUCCCCUCGCGGUGACGACGACCGCCACAUCCCCACCGCCCUAGCCCUCCCCGCAGCGACCGCCGUCGUCGCCACCGCCGCCCGCCGCCUCCCUCCCCCGUGCUGGUCGCCCGACGAGACGACGGCCCUCAUCGACGCCUACAGGGAUAAGUGGUACUCCCUCCGGCGCAGCAACCUCCGCGCCAACCACUGGGAGGAGGUCGCCGCCGACGUCGCGCUGCGCUGCCCCGGCACGCCCCCGAAGACCGCCGUCCAGUGCCGCCACAAGAUGGAGAAGCUCCGCAAGCGGUACCGCGCCGAGAUCCAGCGGGCCGCCGCGCGCGGCGGCGUCCGCCGGUAUGCCUCGUCGUGGGCCCACUUCCAGGGGAUGGACGCCAUGGAGAAGGGAUUCGGCGGCGAUCCGUCCUCCUCAUCCUCAGAUGGCGAGGAAGACGAGGAUGAUGACGGACGCAGAAACAGCAUCAAGCGCAUCAACGAUUUGUACAAUCACGGCCACAAACAAAAGGGCUAUUCACAGCCGCUGGAUCAUGGGGCAGCAGCCGGGGUCCGGAUCAAGAUCCCGGGCGGGAUGCCACCCACUGCCAAGGCCUACAACAUGUCCGAUGAAAUACCACCCACACGGAACCCUAACCCUAGAUUUCCCGGCACUUCAUAUGGACCCGGCCCGAACAGGGUUUUCGGAGAUGGGUUUUUGGGAAGGAAUGAAAUUGGGAAAAGGGCCGGCGAGAGCGUGAAGAGAAAGAAAAUGGAUGCUGGUAGUGGCAGUGGCGGCGGCAAUUCAGUCCUUGGGAGAGGGGUUUAUGAGAAUGGAGAAGUGCUCACAAGAAGCAAGAAAGGAUGCAUUCUAUGCCCGAUUGCUGAAAAGAAGAUCGGUCUCUCGAGUCACUUCUUGCAUCUUCAGUCACCAUAUGAGACGACAAGGCUAAGGGUUCACCAGAUGAGACGACAAGGCCAAGGCUAAUUUUCAUUAUACGUGCUCUGUUGUACAUUAGGGUUAAAUAUUUUAGUUUUAGUUGAGGUUAUGGUCAAAAGGAGUCCUUUACUAAAUCUGUUGUGUUCGAGGCUUUACUUCCCAGCAGUGUUUAUUUUAUGUUACUCCUUUGUUGCAAUGACUGGGCUCAGUGGAGACUUUACUUAAUUGAUUUGCAAAAUUCUUUGUGUGAAAAUGAGAGACAUAUAUCAUCUCCAAAAACAGAGAAGUUGUUUCCUUUUCUUCUUUAUACUCUCUCUCUAAAAUAAAGAGCAACGUCUUCUUUCUCUUCCCCUCUAUCCUUUGAUUUUCCUUUUUAGUUAGAAUUGGGCUCAAUUUUUCAUAUUAAGGUUUAGGAGGGGCUUUUAAGCGUGUUGGAUUAUUCCUGCUAGCUCGAUCCAUUUUGACAUUGUGUUUAGUAGUUGUGUUUUAACCUGCUUCUGUCAUUUGCUUUGCUG